AUUAAUGUGUCGUAUUCAAUUCUGGGCAAAUGAGGAGGAUUCUCGCAAGCUCAUACUCAUCAGGUCCAGCUAAUUAUUGUCUUUGUCGUCUCCAAAAUCAUUUGCCUUUACAUUUGCCGCUUCACACCCUACAGACAGGAGUGUUGAAGUUUCAGUAGUAUGUUUCUGAAACUUGGGCUGUGAGUGUGAGGGUUUGAAGGAAUACAUGUGAUUGUGGGAUUGUUAAGGGAAGUGAAGCUUUGGUUGGGAGGAGUUGGCUAAGAAAGAUGUAUCGGCCUGUGGCUGCCACCACUACUCGGGGUGGAUUACCAACCGAUAGUGGGGAUUCUGUGGUGACACUUGACCAAGUUCCACGUUGGAGUGAUGCUGAAUACAGGUUUUCAUAUGAGAAUGAAGAUCAUGCUUUCCCAAAUUCAUACUUUCCGGACCCUUUAACUUCUUCCUCAGGGGCAGAGACUAGUGGAAAUGGGAUGGUGCCCAGGUUUCCUGUGGAUCAUGAAAUUAAUUCCAAGAUUUAUCUGUGGAGGGGGUACCCUUGGAAUCUUGAGGUGGAUGCUGUUGUUAACUCCACAAAUGAGAACCUGGAUGAAGCACACAGCAGCCCUGGUUUGCAUGCUGCAGCUGGGCCUGGUCUUGCAGAAGACUGUGCAACACUGGGUGGCUGUCGAACAGGGAUGGCGAAAGUUACUAAUGCAUAUGACCUUCCUGCAAGGAGGGUUAUUCAUACUGUGGGUCCCAAGUAUGCAGUAAAAUAUCAUACUGCUGCAGAAAAUGCUUUGAGUCAUUGCUAUCGGUCUUGCCUUGAACUUCUCAUUGAUAAUGGGCUUCAAAGCAUUGCUAUGGGAUGUAUAUACACCGAGACAAAAAAUUAUCCUCGUGAACCUGCUGCUCACGUGGCAAUAAGAACUGUGCGACGGUUUCUUGAGAAACAGAAACAUAAAAUAAAGGCUGUUGUUUUUUGUACUACAACGUCAUCUGAUACCGAGAUAUAUAAACGAUUGCUUCCGCUUUAUUUUCCUCGGGAUAAACUUGAAGAGGAAGUAGCUAUGGCAAAGCUUCCUGCAGAUGUUGGGGAUGAAAAUGGCGAAACAGCUAUAGAUGAACGAAAAAUCAGAAUAAAGCCUUUGCCUGAUGUGAAAAAGACCGUCUCUAAACCGCUUCAAGCAUCAAUGGAUCUUCCUGUUAGUGAUGUUGGCUUGACGAGACGGAACUCAUCAUAUUUGGAUUCAUAUAUAGAUCCUGCUUUCAUGUCCCUGAUUAAGGAUCCAGAUCAACGACGCAAGGAACAAUGGGAAAAAACUGCUCAAGCACGGAGUGGAUGGAAUUGUGCUAAAAUACUUGGAUAUGGUGACCUUGGGGGACCUCCAUUGUCUGCUGCUGAAGAAUACUCGCUUCAUUCUAGAUAUCUUGCUAAAGCAAAUUCUGUUAACCUUUCUGAAAUUGCAGAAAUGAAAAUAGUUUACCGUGGGGGGGUUGAUAGUGAUGGUCGUCCAGUGAUGGUUGUUGUAGGAGCACAUUUUUUGCUGCGAUGUCUUGAUCUGGAGCGAUUUGUGCUCUAUGUAGUAAAGGAGUUUGAGCCCUUGAUACAGAAGCCUUAUACCAUUGUUUACUUCCACUCUGCGGCAUCUUUACAGAUGCAACCAGACCUUGGAUGGAUGAGGAGAUUACAACAGAUACUUGGUCGCAAACACCAACGUAACCUUCAUGCAAUAUAUGUUCUUCACCCGACAUUUGGACUGAAGGCUGCAAUUUUAGCUCUGCAAAUGUUUGUAGAUAGUGUGGUGUGGAAAAAAGUGGUAUAUGUUGAUAGGCUUUUGCAGCUAUUCAGAUAUGUUCCUCGAGAGCAGCUGACCAUCCCUGACUUUGUGUUUCAGCAUGAUUUGGAAGUGAAUGGAGGGAAGGGCGUAAUUGUGGAUCCCAGAACAAAGUACGUAUAUCAUCGACCAUAGUUAUUGCAUUUCAAAAUUGGAGCAAGUGAUUGAGCAGCAGACCUUUAGGAUUGUGUUUUCUUCAUUUCUUUUCAUUUCAUCGUGCGAGGAUAUUGGGGUUGUGAUGCAGUGUUAUUUAUGUACAAGUUAGAUCUCAAUUCUUUUUUUUCUCCCAUUAUGUUUUUUUGUUUUUGUUUUUUUGUGUUUAUAUAUUUUUCUAAAUUAUUUUUGGAACGAUGUUCUGUAUUAUGUUUGUAGAUGGAAAUAAAGGUUGUUUUUAUCCCCUUGUAAUUUCUUGUGCCUUGGGUGAGUUGCUACAAAUAAUUCAAAAUGGAUUGAGCAUUACUGAAACUGAUACAUUGUAAACACUCAGCUGUUGAGCUUAUGGAGUUGUAACUAAUUGU